GCAUAAGCAAACAAAACACAGCAAAUAAGCAACAACCAUUUUUUUUUUCUCCUUUUUCUUUCUUUUCCCAUUUCAAAGGGCCAAUACCAAAGAUCAAAAGCCUUGUUUUUCACUCUUCCAGUUCCAAAUCCCAACUCUUCUUCCAAGUAGCAACCCAAACCCCAUCUUAAAGCAAGCUCUCUCUGUUUUUCUUGAGACGCAGAACGGUUUUUGGUGGCGGUGGCGGUGACAGAACACCCACCAAAUCCAAAUGGAAUACACAAGCUCAAGGCCUCAAGAAUUCAGAGAGAAGCCCUAUUCGUAUUCCCCCAUAAACUCGCCGAGAACCAACAACAAUGGCACGGCCACCAACGCCAGCGUCUGCAGCAGCAGCAGCAGCUCGGCGGUGGCGGCUCAAAUCCCGACAACUCCGAAAGUCUCAACUCCCAGAUCUGACUCCAAUCCCUACCCGACAACCUUUGUCCAAGCUGACUCCUCGAACUUCAAACAUGUUGUCCAAAUGCUCACCGGCUCCUCGGAAACCGUCACUCACCAGUCCUCCCCUAAACCCACCACCGCCACCCACCACCACCACCAUCAUCAAGAUCCAACAAUUUUGCCACCCUCCAACAAAAACUUCAACAUCCCACCUAUCAAAACCGCCCCACCAAAAAAACAGGGCUUCAAGCUCUACGAGCGGAGGAGUACCAAUCUCAAAAACACCCUCAUGAUCAACACCCUCAUCCCCAACUUCCAAUCGGCUUCUGGGUUUUCGCCACGUCACCAGGAGAUCCUGUCCCCGAGCUUGCUCGACUUCCCUUCCCUCACCCUCAGCCCAGUGACGCCGUUGAACGACGACCCCUUCGACAAGUCGGCGGCGUCGCCGUCACUGGGGAACUCUUCGUCGGAGGAGGACAGGGCGAUUGCGGAGAAAGGGUUUUACUUGCACCCGUCGCCGAGAGCUACGACGACUCCGAGAGACCAAGAGCCGCGGCUUCUGCCUCUGUUUCCGGUCACGUCACCGAGAGUUUCUGGGUCUUCUUCUUGAUCAAAUGACGAGGAGAGAGAAAGAGAAGAGAGAGAGGCAUGUGUAGUAAGUAUUAUUUACUGUGGGUGGGUUUUGAUUAAAAUGAUCAUCAGGAGAAGUGAAGAUUAAUGGGUUGGAUGAGUUUCAAUGACAGGGUCCCCCCAAUUGAGGAGUGAGGAGGUGGAGGACCACAUUUCCCAUUCACUCAAAGGCCAUCCAUGCAUGAAACUUCCACCUAAUCAUGUGGACUUGUGACUGUGAGCUCUUGAAAUUGUUCAGAUAAUGCAUUUGUAGCAGGUCUUCUCAUUCUGUACUUCUCUUUAUUUCUCUUUUGAUUUAUUUAUUUAGAAUUUGGGAAAAAAAUGAGGAAAGAAUGCACGAGAUGAAAAUGGGAGUACGACAAUCAUUAUAUUACAAUCACUCAGGUGCGAGGAUUGAGCGCAUAUGAGUCCUUUUUUAUUUAAUGCAUGCUUAGUAGUUAGUACGCUUCGU